AGUAAAAGAAACUACUGUGUCAAGAAGAGACGCUCUCACGUCAUUUAAUUCUUAUCGUGUUUGGAAGCAAUCUAUAUACUCCACUUUAAAUGAACCAUUUUGUCGGAAAUGCUUACGGAUAAAAUUCAAAACGUAGAAAUUGUGUAUUGUGAAAAUAAAAUUACGCUUCUUAAUGCAAUUCAUAUUUCUAUUUAUUUAUAUAUCAAACGUGAAUAAAGAAGAUUUAACAUGGAUAUGAAGCCCUUAUUUAUAUUCUUUAUUUCGUUAACGUUUGCUCUUGGAAUUGAGGAAUUAAAACUUUUACAAAUCAUCUUUAUGCACAAACAAUAUGUACCAUAUGAAGAUAUUAUGAGAAAUAACAUGACACUACUGUCUAAUAAUUUUCCAUACCAUUAUAUUAAUUCAAUGACGAAGGAUAUACCCAAGGUUGGUAAAAUGAAUAUGUACAACCUCGGGGCAUAUUUACGUCGAAGGUACGACAAAUUCUUAGGUGACGUCUAUACAAGCAAAAUCAUGAAAAUGCGUACUACAGAAUUUCCGUUGUCACAAAUAUCAGCAGAACUUGUUAAUGCUGCACUUUGGCCACCAUCGGAAUUACAAAAAUGGAACAAUGAUUUGAAUUGGCAACCAGUACCCUUUGGUUUGUAAAAGAUAAUUAUAAUAUACAAGGAUAGAGGAAGAUACAUUGUUCUUAGGCACAUACUGUCCACGUUUUAAAAUAGAAGAACUAAAAGCAGAAAAGGACAUACGAAAAAUAAUAUUGCAUCAUACACCUUUAUUCUAUUACGUUUCCAAUCAUACAGGCACAAAAA